AUGGUACAUCCCAUGCAACUGGAAGAGCAGGCGAAGAAGAAACUAGAAGAAUUCCUGCAGAAUGUCCAAAACACAGACUUUCUGUGGUUGGAUGAGAUUCUUGAAGAGGCUAUCAAGAUGUUUAGAAACAAUUCUGACGGAGAGCCGGAGAUGAUGCCAAAAACUCCAUCACAGAAAAAUCGCCGGAAGAAGCGUUUUUCUUCUGUUAAGAAAGAUAGUUUUUCUAAAAAGAGAUUGUCAAAAAGAACAGCUACCCAAUCUUCUAAACGAAUUUCCCAACAAUCCCAACAGAAAAAAGACUUGGAAAUUACGAAGACUGAUGAAGACUAUAAUUCUCCUUGUCGUCGUGUGACUAGAUCUCAGGCUCUUAAAUCCGCCAGACACUCAGAUGCUGCUCUUAAGAAUUCAGCUAUCCAUUUAGCCAAAGGGCGGAUCCCACUAGUUGAAAUCAGCAUUAAUGAGAGAAACAGUGCAGAAUUCCAACUCAACAAAACACCACCCGAGAAGACUGCUUUGACCUUCACACUAUCAUCUGAUAAGUCCCCUAAAAGGAGAUCACAAGCUUUGUCCAAAGUUUCUUUGCUUGUGGUCCCAGACACCCCUGAAGCAAAAAUAAUGAAAGAGGGACGGGAAGCCUGCAAGCUGAAAAUAGCAAAUGCUUCCAUUGCCAGAACCACUGAGAAUAAAGAAGCCAAUGCUCAGGAGGAGAACUCGUGUGUCCAGCAGCAUUUCACACUGGAAACCACACAAAGCAUAAGUGAGAGUCCACAGACGCCCACAGCUCCAAAAGCAAACCGUCACUCUGUUCGGCGAAGCCUGAUUGGUAGGAACCCCAAGAACUGCCAAGCCUCUCUGGUUGAGAGAUGCUCACUAAGUGCCAAAAGGGAAAGAAUGGUCCAGAAAUCGAUUGGUAGGACUCUUUCUAAGCGUAAAACAACCCAGCGGUCCCCAUCUGCCAGUAGGCGUAUGAGCUCCCAGACUGCUAUGGAGAAAUUAGUGGAUGAACAAAUUUCUGAAUCUGGACCAGAGUUGGAUCCUGCAUCUCAUUCUCAAGAGGCCAGCCUGACUGCAACUGCCACACCUCGAGAAGAACAGGAAGGAGGAGACUGCAAAGAGGGCCCCUCUGAAAAGUGUAAGGAGAUGCAAAUGCAGCCGCAGAGUGCCAGGAGAAAGGCAAGCUAUAAGAGAGCAGUUAGCGAGCUUGAUGAUGGACAGCCCAUGGAGGAUGAGCUCUCUCCCCCAAGGAAGAAGCCUCCAUCUCCUCAGUGUCCUGCCAGCAAGGUUGUUCGCCCUCUUAAGACAUUCUUGCACACAGUGCAUAAGAACCAGCUGCUCAUGAUGACCCCCGGCUCUGUGACCCGUAACAGUACCAUAAAAUCAUUCCUCAGACAGAACACUCCCAAGGAGAAGGAAAGGCAACGGUUAGAGAAUCUGAAGAAGAAAGAAGAAGUCGAACAACAAAGAAGGCUGAAAUUGGAGGAGGAAAAAAGACGGCGGUUGGAGGAGAUGAAACGGAAGCGUGAAGAGCGCCUUCGCAAGGUGCUGCAGGCUCGGGAACGGGUAGAGCAGUUGGAAGAGGAGAAAAAAAAGAAACUUGAGCAAAAACAUGCUCAGCAUGUGGAGAAGAAUGAGAAGGUGCGAGAGGAAAAGAUGGCAGAAGACAAAGUGAAGAAGAAAGUGGCUGCCAAGAAGUUGGAAGAGCUUGAAGCACGGCGCAAACAAGAAGAAGCCCGGAAGCAGAGAGCUCUGCAGCUGGAGGAAGAAGAGCAUAAACACAAGGAGCUACUGCAGAAGAAAAAAGAGGAGGAGCAAGAGAAAGCUAGGAAGAUUGCUGAACAGCAUCAGGCAGAUCUGGAAAGGGAGAAACAGCUGUCUGCUGAGAGAGAACUAGAGAAGAAGAGAGAGCAGGAAAAGCUUCAAGCACAGCGGGAGCACGAACGGCAAGAGAAAGAGAAAGCUGCUAGUUUGCAGAGAGAGCUCUUAGCAGCAGCAAAGGAGAAGGAACGGCUCAAAAAAGAGAUGGAGGAGAAAGAGAGGAUAUUGGAACAACGGAAGCACGUGGAGCAGCAGCUAAAAGAGUUGGAAGCGACAGCAGUAACAGCUCCUGUACGGUUGAAUGUGACUAUGGAUGUUGAGAGCUCGCUUGCCUGUAAUUCAUAUCAGAUGACACCACAAGGCCCCAAACAACCCAAGCUUGAUUUGAAUAAUUAUGGGAUGGAUUUGAACAGUGAUGAUUCAACUGAUGAUGAGAGCCAGCCCCGCAAACCCAUUCCUGCUUGGGCUACUGGAAAUCAACUAAGCCAAGCAAUCAUACAUCAAUAUUAUCAUCCCCCUGACACAAAAGUGCUUUUUGGAGUUGUGAAGAGUCCCAAAUUGGAAGAAAUCUUCUAUAAGAGCAAGCCACGAUAUUUCAAGCGUACUAGUUCUGCAGUGUGGAACUCACCCCCAUUCCCAGGUGGCAAGUCUGUACCAUCUACUUUCAAGAGAUGCUGAUACCUUUUAGAUACAGUUUGGUAUUGUUUGGUAUU